AUGUCUAAAAUCACCUCAGCCCACGUUCGUGAAAACGUCAAGAAAUUGUUGGAACACUCCAACGAAACCAAAAAGAGAAACUUUUUGGAAACUGUUGAAUUGCAAGUUGGUUUGAAGAACUAUGACCCACAAAGAGACAAGCGUUUCUCUGGUACUUUGAAAUUGCCACAUGUUCCAAGACCAAACAUGACCAUUUGUAUUUUUGGUGAUGCUUUUGAUGUUGACAGAGCCAAGUCAUUGGGUGUUGAUGCCAUGUCUGUUGAUGACUUGAAGAAGUUGAACAAGAACAAGAAGUUGAUCAAGAAGUUGGCCAAGAAGUACAAUGCUUUCAUUGCUUCUGAAGUUUUGAUUAAGCAAAUUCCAAGAUUGUUGGGUCCUACUUUGUCCAAGGCUGGUAAAUUCCCAACCCCAGUUUCCCACAACGAUGACUUGUACUCCAAGGUUACUGACGUCAAGUCCACCAUCAAGUUCCAAUUGAAGAAGGUCUUGUGUUUGGCUGUUGCUGUUGGUAACGUUGACAUGGAUGAAGAUGCUUUGGUCAACCAAAUCUUGAUGGCUGCUAACUUUUUGGUUUCUUUGUUGAAGAAGAACUGGCAAAACGUCGGAUCUUUGGUCAUCAAGUCCACCAUGGGUCCAUCAUUCAGAAUCUACUAA